AUAUUAAAGGACUUACAAAAUUCCUCGGUCAAACUAGAGUUUUUUAAAACGAUACAUCCUUACACAUUCUAAGGUUAAACGGCAAAUACCAGCAUAAACUAGAUGCAUACCAUCUUUCUUCGUAACAGUGUCGUCUGCGUGCGACAAACCAACUGUUCCAAUGUUGGUUGUGGGGUACGUCAAUUUCGUAUCACGAUUCGACAAAAGGCGCAGCUGCCGAAUCUAUCGCCUUACGAUGUCAAUUUGAUUUUGCGUGAAAAUGAGUAUAUACAGACGUUUUCGGAAGAUGACAGUAUUGUGAGGAGCUAUGAGUCUAAUCAAUUGAGUUCAAACAGACCGUGCGAAGAUUCGCGGACUGAGGCUACAUUUUUGCACAAAAGUGGUUUCAUUUGUGGGGUGUUUGAUGGCCAUGCUGGACCGGCCUGUUCCCAAGUGAUUUCUAAACGUUUAUUGCGUUAUGUUGGUGCUGGAGUUUUAGAUAGAAGAGUACUAAAAGAAGUAAUGUCCAAAGAUUAUAACAGUCAAUCGUUUUUAAAAUGCCAUAAUGAUAAGGCUGAUUUCGUAUCGGAAAUAAAAACAAUUUACGAAAAUAGCUUCCGGGAAUAUGUGCAAACAAUUUCUCGUGUAAAAAAGGAGAAUGUGGCGAAUGAAAUAACAAAUGCAUUUAUGAGGUUAGAUGACGAUUUAUCGAAAGAGGCCUUAAACCACACAAAUAUGCGCACAAUGUCGGUUGCAAUGUCAGGUGCCUCUUAAAUUUUGAAAUAUGUUUUAAUUUAUGGGUACAUAUCAAAUAUAUU